AUGGAUAUUCUCUUGAGGAGGAAGAACCACCUGGAACAUCAGCUACAGCAAUUUAAACAAAAGGAAAGCGACAGGAUCGAACACAGAAAUCACCUGGCCAGACAAGCCAAAGAGAAGAGGGAAGCAAUAGAGGCGGUGAAAAAAGAAAUCCAUGAGAUGGAGCUAACUCUUCUUGAAAAGAGAGAAAAGUUCGUGUGUCUGAAGGAUGAGGUUUCUAAGUACAAGAAGAGGGCCUUAGAAAAGGCUAGAAACGAGUUUGAGGGCCUGUACAGAGAGAUAUUUGAAGAGGCAUCCAGAAUCCGUCCCUCAGCAACAUUUUCGACAUUUGGGGAAUUCACAAAGAUUAAAGGUCUAAUUGAAAGAAAUAUCUUCCGAAAUCUUGGAAGGCGGUUGACAAGAUUCUAUAGUGAGGAAAAAGAGAAGCUAAGGAAGCAUAUUUUGUCCCAGAUGGAAAAGAAGCUGGAGGAUGACCGGAGGAUGCAUGAGGCUGUGUUCAACAUGAAGUUCUUGAGUAGAUAUGAACAAUACUUUUCCGAAAAAGUGAUGGAGAGCUUUCUUUAUGAAAAGAUAUCAAGAGGAUUUGAAUACCAUUUCUUGAGCGACAGGGAUUCUAAUAGAUUGGAUAAGCCUGAGUGGUUCCUUGAUUUUAUCCUUGCAAAGCUUAAAGAAAGUAAAGUGGUAUUUGAUAUAUACCUAGAUUUGAACAAGAAAGAUGUCGAGGAAGGUGAAUUUGAUGGAAGAUUUGAAGAACUGGUAUCCAGGGUGUGUGGUUUGAUAAGGACGAAAAUAGAAGAGAUAUCUGGGUGUAGUAGUAAGCAAAAGAGAAAUCUGAUGCUGCAUCUUGGAAUGGAGAUUCUGAAGUUCAGAUAUGAGGUUUGCCACGACUACGGCAUUAUUCUUGAAUUUUCCGAACUGGGAGAUGCCUUAUGUAAAGAACAAAAGAAGUAUGUUCGUGAGAAGUUAUCGAAAAUACAUGAAGCGAGGCAUGUGAAAUGGUUUGGUGGAUACAGGGAGCUUUUGAGGGAAUGUCUUCUCUAUAUCUACAGAUUUAGGGCACUGGAUCCUAUCUUUGAGAUGGACGAUGCAAUUCAGAUAAUUGUCGAUUACAACAAAGUAUUCCUAGAAAGUCUCAGGUAUAUAAACAGGCAGGAAAUAAAGGUUCUUUGCUGGGUGUACAGCGAGUUUGAAAGGCUCAAGGCAUUUUUGUUAGAUCAGGAGAGCGAGGUUGUUUUUGACACAAGGCUGAACAUGGAGAGUAAGAUUGUGAAUGUAAAGAAGAAUGGGAAUGCUCAGGAUAUGCUCCAUGAGGCUGUGACAGGAUCUCUAGAAAGGAUUUCUGAAUUCAAUAGUGAAAAUCUCAAGCUGAUCAUGUCAUUAGCAGCUAACGAUACAAGCGAGGGGCUUCGGCCAAUCAAAAGGUUUUUCCAUGACCCGAGCAGAACCUUCCGGAAUCUGGUGAUUGACGUUGGAAGGUAUCUUGAUGACUAUAAGGAAUGCUUAUCUUAUGACGCCAUAAAGCGGGAUGUGAAGGAGAGAAUAGAUGGGGUUCUACUCGAGGAGAUAAUAUUGAAGUGCAGGCUUGAAACCUCGGAAUACUUUGAGUUGGCUGAAACGAUAAAGAGACUGGAAGAGAUGUUUGGAGAAGGAGAAUGGAAGAGUGGAAUGGGAUUAGAAUGUGUCGGAGACAUAUUUGAGGGAAGGGAUCCCGGGGAAGGCCCACUAUCCAAAAUGAUCAAAGGUUUGUAUGAAUGA